AUGGACACGCCCAUGCCGAAACGGCCUCGCCUCGUGCCGGCACCAGCGCCGGUGCCUCGGAGAAUCGCCGACAUGGCCCCGGAGAUCCUCCUCCGCCUCCCUCCGGACGACCCCACGCGCCUUGUGCGCGCCUCCCUCGUCUGCUGGCGCUGGCGCCACCUCCUCACCGACCCGGCGUACCUCCGCCGCUACCGCGCAUUCCAUCGAACACCUUCCAUGCUCGGCUUCGUCCUCAACCUGAAGCAGCAUUACCAAGGCAUGGCCCAGCUCGUCCCCACCUCCUCCUUCUGCCCCGCCGCCUCCGACCGCCCCGACCUGAAUGUGCUGGACGCCCGCCACGGCCGCGUGCUCCUCCACACCGCUCAGGGCCAGCGCCUCGUCGUCUGGGACCCCGUCAAGGGUGAGGAGUUCAAGAUCCCCCACGUGCCGGCCUAUGCGCUUGGCUUCAACGCGGUCGUGCUCUGCGCCGCGGUCGGCUGCGACCACCUCGACUGUCAUGGCGGACCCUUCCGUGUCGCCUUCAUGGGAUGCGGCGAACAUGGCAUCACGUUCGCCUGCACCUACUCGUCGGAGGCCGGUGCCUGGAGCCAGCGAGUUGAGAUCGAGCAGCCGGCAUUUGUUGACGGGCGACCGAGCUUCCUUGUGGGGUACACGCUCUACUUCACCUGCAACCCGUACCUCAAUUUCAGAAUGUUGGGGUACGACAUCAUUAGGCAGGAACUCUCGGUGAUUUGGCCGCCGUCCCAGCACGAGUACUACUCUUGCACCGUCCUCGUGAAAGCGGAGGAUGACAGGCUGGGGUUCGCCGGCGUGCGGAAUGGCACGCUCUACCUCUGGUCGAUGAAGGAUGGCGCCAACGGAGAGGUGGAAUGGGUGCAGCGCAGAGUUAUCCAGCACGAGACGAUGCUCCACACUCGUGGCCUCUCGACGCCACCUGAGGUCGUUGGCUUCGCGGACGGCCACGGACUCAUUUUCGUUAGAGCAGGCAACACGGUAUUCUCCAUGGAGCUCAAGUCAGGCCAUGUCCGUAAGGUAUACACCUGCAGGUCAAGAAACUACGACGUCAUCAUUGUUCCCUACAUGAGCUUCUGCACUCCAGAUCGUGCUAUGGGAAAACUGCCAUCGCCAUGA